CCACAGUUACAGAACACCAAUUCUCGUGCUCAAUCCCUCCCAGUAUACAAUGGACGACGCAACGACUGAACUCACAGAGCGCUUCGAGCGCUACUGCGACACUAAAGACCAUGAACUGCCCGUCGAGGUCCUCACCGAGCUGCGGUCCAUGCUAAGCCUCUACUCUAUAUCGGCCGAAGAGCUGGACUUCAAAUGGCAGGCAUACAAUAUGAAGAUGGGUGGGGAGGAGAACAAGAUGGAUCUCAAGACUGCGCGCGACUUCAAAAAGACCAUUCAAGAUGCACUAGAGCGGGAGAGCAGAGGGAAAGCACAUCAGAGAAAUGAUAUCAAGCGGGGUCAGCCAACCCCGAGAGCGAAGGGUGGGGACAUGUAUGACAUACUCGGGGAACUGGUUCCUAACACACCACGCCCAACGGCGCUGAAUGGCGUCAACGGCAGUACUGUGAAGCGCAAGUCCAAUUUCCAAACACCAGGAGGCAAAGCAAGUAAAUCUCAUGAGAUGAGCUCACCAGCUGGAGUCUUGACACCAAAGGGUGAGACUCCGGGUGGAGCUGUCUUCGACUUUGCGUCCCGCACAAAUGCCAACGAUAUCACCGAACAGUUCAUGAGCACUGAAAUCACCAUCCCAGAUCCUCCCUCUGAAGAACCGAAAGAACCCCGCAUAAAGCUAAAGGCCAACACCGACAUGUCAAAAUUCUCCUACCGUACCAUGGCCAUGAAGCUAUCGGAAGCGUCUGAAGUCCUUGACGACAGAAUUGACGAGUUUCGCGAACUCAUAAGAGAAUCAAUGGGGCUAGACGACAAUGCAUUCGGAAAUCCCAACUACCAAUCUCCGAGCGAAGUAAUAGCUGUGGGUCGGAUAGCGAGUGAUACGAGCGAAGGCAAACUGAACACAGCAACCCUGGUUCUGGAAGGCUCACGAAGGUACGGCUCUGGUCGCCGCACACCCCUAGAUGUCGCUGGACUAUCUUCGUACAACUUCUUCCCUGGCCAAAUUGUUGCUCUGCGCGGUACAAACGCAUCAGGCGACUCUUUUGUCGUCUCCGAGGUCCUCUCAUUACCUCUUCUCUUAGCACCGGCUACGAAACCCGACGAGCUCGACGCAAUGAAUGCACGAUAUCUCGACACGCCGGACUCUGAUCCAGAGAACGUGCGCCCGUUGACCAUGAUGAUAGCCUCAGGACCUUACACUACAGAUCAAAACCUCGACUUCUCACCCCUUCAAACAUUCCUUGACAAUGCUGCCGAAGCCUAUGCAGAUAGCAUCAUCCUCCUCGGCCCUUUCCUCGACGCAGAGCACCCCCAGAUCCGAUCAGGAGACUUUGAUGCACCGCUGAAUGCCCCAUCCGACCAAGCGACUAUGGCUGAUCUCUUUCGUUACCAUAUCUCCUCCGCUCUGCAAACUUUCAGUAAGCGAGUGCCGACUUGUAACAUUCUACUUGUGCCCAGUCUUCGAGACGCACAUCACCACCACGCCGCCUUUCCACAGGACAAGUAUAUCAAGAAAGAAUUAGGUCUUGGUGCAGCGGGCAAAAUGGUACAGUGCGUUACUAAUCCCAUGACGGUGAGCAUGAACGAGAUGACGGUAGGCAUGUCGAGCAUAGAUAUCUUGGACAUGCUAAGGAGAGAGGAAUUGGCGAGCGGCAAGGCGCGGACAAUGAACACCUAUGAGCGCUACGCACGGCAUGUCAUUGAGCAGCGGAACUUCCUGCCAGUGUUCCCGCCCACUGGGAGGGAGAAGCAAAUGCCCCCUGCGCCGGUGGAUGCGCACGUUCUGAAGAAAGGCAACACAAACGGAACAACGACCGGCGAACAAAAAGAGGGCGAACAAGCAGAAGAAGAAGAGGAGCAGGGACCUAGCCCCUUCCUUCCCUUGGGAACAAUGCUCGAUACAAGCUAUCUCAAAUUGGGUGAGAUGCUCAACGUGCGGCCGGAUAUCCUCAUCACACCCAGCGUCCUUCAGGGGACUGUAAAGGUCGUCGAAUCCGUCCUAGUAAUCAACCCCGGCACCCUAGCCAAGCGCCGUGCAGCAGGAACAUACGCACGUGUCAUCGUGCAACCUGCAGUGAUCAGUGAUGCGGAAAGGGAGAAGGGUUUUGCAGUGUCGCAUAAGCUUUGGGAGAGGACGAGGGUGGAUAUUGUUAGAAUCUAGUGAAUUGUAAUUGGACAUGGGCAUUUUGAGCGUUUUGCGUAGCAAUUAUGAUACGUGGGUUUUGGAAUAACAAGGGUACGUAGGAAGUUGUUUACUAUACAACCGCGUUGCAUGCCCAUGCUUUCGAAGUUUGUCCAUGAUCACACGUGCAAGUACUUCUC